AUGAAGAAACCGAUUCUGGCCAACCUUAAAGUGUUUGGAUGCCACGCGUAUGUUCAAGUGCCUCAAGACAAACGCGCGAAGUUCGACUCCAAGUCAUCACUCUGUCGUUUCCUGGGAUACGCCGAACACCAGAAGUCAUAUCGAUUUGAGGAAGUGUCAACAGGAGCGAUCAAGAUCAGUCGCGAUGCCACAUUCAUGGAAGACAAGUUUGAUGAAGGUCCGCGCAACUACAACGAUGAGUCAAGUGUCGUUGAGUUUGAUGAUCAUGAUGAGGACGAAGAAAAAGAAGAAGGUAAAAACUGA